AUGCAUUCCUCUAAUUCUGUGGAAGGUUUAUCAUCAAGUUUGAGAAAAGGUGCAUGGAGUCAAUAUGAAGAUGAACUUCUCAAAGAUUGUGUUCAACGUUAUGGAGAAGGAAAAUGGCACUUAGUUGCUCAAAGAGCAGGAUUGAAGAGAUGUCGAAAGAGUUGUAGGUUGAGGUGGUUGAAUUAUUUAAAGCCAAACAUUAAGAAGGGAGAUUUUAGUGAAGAUGAAGUUGAUUUGAUGAUCAAAUUGCAUAAUCUUUUGGGAAACAGAUGGUCCUUGAUUGCUGGAAGACUACCUGGAAGAACACCAAAUAUUAUAAAAAAUUAUUGGAACAAACACGUGCGAAGCGAAGAACGUUUUUCCAAGAAAGAAAACAACAAAACAAAGGAAGAGAUAGAAAAAGUUACAAAAUCUCAUGAAGUGAUUAAACCUCAACCACAAACUUUCGCAAAAUCAUUGCUAGAAGUGAAUAAGUUCAUUAGUUCAAAUGAUAAUUCUUCCAAAGUUUCUAUGAAUGAAGGUGAAACUUCAUCAAGAACAAAUAAUUGGUGGGAAAGUUUUUUAUUAGAUGAGAAUGAAGAUAAUAAUUACUUAUUGCAAACGGGAUUUUGGGAUGAUCAAGAGCUUAAUUCAAUAACAACAAAUGCUUUUGACUUUUUUACUGAAGAUCAAACUUGGAGUGAUUUUCUUGCUCAAUUUUGA